AUGGAAAGUCGACGAUAUCUUCAACACAAAAACGACGGAGAAUGAGCAGCUGUAAUUAACGCUCAAGCUGCAACAACCAAGUUUUUACAAGAAGAAGAAAAACAGCUCCAAGCCUUAUCAAAAAAAUUCUACAAGGAAGAGCUUGAUCGUCAGAUUCGUGAAAAAGUUUCUUACAAGCAACAAACCCUUGAAGAGCUCAAUAAAGAGCGGCAGUUUUUAUCUGCCCAGCAAUUAGCUAUGCAAAAUUUCGAAGCUAAAAAGAGAAAUGAAGAUAAGUCAUUCCAAGACGUGUUCUCUAAAGAAUAUUCAAAUAUAAUCAAUGAAAAACAAAGAAAAAUAAACCAAGAAAGAGAAGCCUCCAUACUUGAAGAACAAGAAAGAAUAAGAAAAGCUCAAUUUGAGAUGGACCAUGAGUACCAAAAAACCUAUGAAGGCAAAUUAAGAUUCGUUAGUUUACAAAGAGAAGAAUUAAGAAAGCAAGAAGAAGAAAAAAGAAGGCAGCAACAAUUAAAAGCAGUCGAAAAGUAUAGAGACAAAGCUGAAAUAGAAAAAAACAUAAAAGAAAUGGAAGCUAAAGAGCGAGCUUACAAAGAGUUCUAUGAAAAGCGGCUAGAAGACCAGGAAAGAAAACUGAAGAAUUAUAAAGCUAUUGCAAACGAAAAAGAAAUAUAUGAAACUGAAAUGAGAAAUAAAGAGUGAGAAAGAAUUGCCCAAGAAAGAGCUGCCAUGAAGGAGCAGCUGGAAAAAAAUAUAAAAGAAAAAGCCUUAGCUGACAUGAAAACAGAGCUCGACCGACAAAUAGAAGCAAGAAAAAAAGAAAAAGAGCUGGCAAGCUUAGAAGGCAUAAGAGACCAAGAAAGGGCUAGAAAUAAUGCUAAAUAUGUAGAGCUUCAGCGGUCGUUAGAAAAUGAAAGGAAUUUAAGAGGAAAAAAAGAGCUCCAGGAAGCGUUAGAGAAGCAGCUGAUAGAAAAACAAAGUAGCUUUAAAACACAGCAAGAAAUGAAUGAGCUUGAAAAAAGAUAUAAUAUGAAUAUUUUGAAAAAAAUCGAAAAUCAGAAUAAAAUUGCGUUUCCUGGGGUACCUGGGAUACAUACUACAGAAUCGCCAUUAAGGCAGCAGUUUGCAAAAAUUUAUCUGAGGCCAGGGUUUGAAACUUCACAGUCAUCUGAAAGGGCUGCAUUAAAUCAGUCUUAUGAUGAUGCCCGCCAAGCAUCAAAAUCAGUUUUAGGGAAUCCUAUAACCCGCAAAAAUAUGUAUUAUUGGCCUGAUCCAAAUCAGCAUAACCCUAUUACAAAUCCAAUUGGAUCUAAUGCACCACGCAUUUUGCCAGGACAAAGAGUUCCAAAAGGAAAUGAGUCUCGCUCAAAGCUGGCUAUAGCCACUGCUAAUUCUAUAUUUGGAUAA